UUCAGCGCAACCGUGGCCACAAUUUGUCGUGAAAACGGCACGGAAAGCGUUUUUUGUUUUUUGCGCGGAGUUUUGAUUAUAAUUAAUUAUUAAAUAUCUAAUUAAUACUCAGUUGAGUGCGAUAUCGAAAUAGACAAUAACAAUUACGCUGGAAAACAGUUGAAAAGCAAAGCAGUGUUUGUGUUCUAUGUGUGUGUUGGUGUUUGUGUGUGUCAAGUGAGUGUGUUAUAAAUAAAACGCCAAGAAGCUGCGUGCAAAAAGUAGACGCCAAGAAAAAUAAAGAAUGUGCCUAAACAACAGAAGUGCAAGAAAAGAAAGUGUUUUUACGUUUAUUUCCGUUAUAUUUUUAAUACAUUUCUAAUUGUUUAUGACAAGUAACAAAAGGCGAAAGUGCAUUUUUACAUGUAACGCUGCAAAAGCUAAAUUUACCAAAUAAACGCUUUUGAAACUUCGACCUGUAUAAUUUACUUUGAUUUUGGGAAAAAGGAGCGUUAAAUUUGCAACACGCCGUGUAAUGGAUGCAACAUCAAUAAUAACACAAGUAUCCCGCGAUGAUGAACAACUGAACGUCUAUCCAAACGACAAAGGAGAUGAUGUUGAUCGUUUGAAACCACAAAAACGAGGAAUAUUUCAAUCGCUACUUUGCUGCUGGCGACGAAAUCGAGCGAAAACAAAUCAGAAUGGCACACAGAUCGAUGGUUCAACAACACCGCCACCCUUACCGGACCAACAAAGGUACCUACUACCUCAGGUUAGGCACUCCGAUAUGCAUAGAAAAUGCAUGGUUAUCGAUUUGGAUGAAACUCUAGUGCACAGUAGUUUUAAGCCCAUACCUAAUGCCGAUUUCAUAGUACCAGUCGAAAUCGAUGGCACUAUACAUCAGGUUUAUGUGCUAAAACGUCCGCAUGUCGAUGAGUUUCUUCAAAAGAUGGGUGAACUGUACGAGUGCGUUUUGUUUACAGCAUCACUAGCCAAAUAUGCAGAUCCUGUUGCCGAUCUGCUAGACAAAUGGAAUGUGUUUCGUGCAAGACUGUUUAGGGAAUCAUGCGUUUAUUACAGGGGUAAUUACAUUAAGGAUCUAAAUCGUCUGGGACGGGAUUUACAAAAGAUUGUCAUUGUGGACAAUUCACCGGCCAGUUAUAUAUUUCAUCCAGACAAUGCAGUUCCUGUCAAGUCGUGGUUCGAUGAUGUGACCGACUGUGAGCUGCGUGAGCUGAUACCGCUCUUUGAGAAGCUAAGCAAAGUUGAUUCCGUCUAUUCGGUGCUCUGCAAUUCAAACCAGCCGCUAAACAAUCAAACAAAUCAACAGCACACGCAGGAGUUGCAACAGGCGCCGCAACAACAACAACAUCAACAACAGCAACAGACCAUCUCUGCCACAACAGUUAUUACACAGGCGACCACAUUGUCGGCACCGACCAUGCUGAAUACUGCAACACAACAGCAGCAACAACAGCAGCAGCAACAGUUGCAGCUGUCAAAUCCGCCCAACCCACAAAGCGAAAUGCUGCAAAAGACGUAACAUCAGUGGGAAUUAAUGUUUAUAAAUAUAUGAUAAAGUUUAUACAUAUUACGAGACCAAGCAAAGCAAAGCAUGAAAAGCAUAAUCCUGCGCCGCAUCCAGCAAUAUAUAUAUAUACACACACGCACACAUACAACCCUAUCCACAAUAGCAACAUUGAGAAACUCAUUAGAUGAAAUGCCAUGCCCCUCCCUAAAACCAACCCGCCCACUCUUAACGCAUUGCUAUAAUAAUCCUUUCUAGACUAAGCUAAAACUUUUAUUUUUUUAAACUAUACAUUUACAAGGCACAUUUGUUAUUUAUUCUUAUUCUUUUAUUAUUGUUUUUAAUCAUUAUGUGUGCGUGUGUAAUUUUUAUAUGCAAAAAGCAAACGCAGAUAGCAAAGAAAAGCCACGCUUUACCCGCUAUACUGGGUAUUUCCCCACACCUCUAAUCUAAUAAAACAAAAUCAUAAAAAAAACUAUACAUAAUAACUAUGUAUAACUAAUAAUCAUUGAACUUUUAUAUACACUAUAUAUAUAUAUAUAAAUAUACAUUAUUUAAGUGCGCAUAUUAAACAAGGCAAAAAAAAAAAAGAAAAGUGAAAAUCUAAUUCAGCUAACAGAAGGAAAACAACAUGAAAAUGAAAUAAAAAAAAGAAUAACUAUACAUAUGAGCAGAGAUAAAAUCAAAUUCAAAAUAGCAUAUAUUUAUAUAUAUUUUUUAUUAAAAACAAAAACAAGAGAAAAAAUAACAAUUUAAAAAAUGAAAAAAUCUACGUGUACUACAAAAAAAAAAAAUUAUAUAUACAUCUAACAUAUAUAGGCUAAACAUGUGUAUACACAUUUUUGCUUAAGCUAAGGCAUGUAUAAAUAUUUCGUAAAUUCAUUACCACGUUUAUGCGGGUGUUCCUAUUCGUGAUUUUUUCGUUUGAAGUCAAGAUAAAAAACAUGUUCAUGAUCAUUUGUUCAUCAUCACGCAUACGAAGCUUGGCAUAAACGUUAAUUAAUAUUUACCAUGCACAACAAGGGCACAAUUCAAACUGUGUUUAGUUUCAAUAUAUUUAUUAUUAUAUAAAUAUCUUAAUUAUUUUGGUUUUUUUUUUUUUUAGCAGUAUGCCACUUGUUGGGCAUCUAAAGUCUGCGGCAUGCACGCAGUUAAUUAGCUGGAACUGCGUUUAUACGUUGCACAAUACCAUGUAUAAGUUGCUAGCACAAUUGACGGUUUCUCACAUCAUAUUUAUGCACAAAAACAUAUCCAUAUUUAGCUCGAGAUACAGAUGUUUAGGCCAACUACAGGGUAUCAGAAUCGAUAUCACACCGUUGUAUUCACCCAUCAUGAUAUUGUGUCACGCAUAAACGUAGCCUUUUUUUAAUUGGCUUUUUAGUAUAUUUUUUUAUAACUGAAAAGCACAUUUUAUUAUACACUUAAACUUGUAUUUUAAUUAACUUUCAUUUAUCAAGUGCGCUUAUAAAACGCAUUGCAAUAUUUCUUCUUCUUCCCUCACUUCUUCUCCCUCUACCCAAUGUAUGCCCCCCUAUCAAUUAAUUUUUUAUCGUACGGUGCGGACAUGUUUUGUGUUUUAUGUGCGGGAAGUUAAAAAUAAAUAAAUGAAUGGAUAUAUUUACAAUAAAGCUUCUACUCCGACCAAGUAAUUAAUAUGAUACGAGUACAUCUAUGUAUAACAGUAUAACACUUAUAUAUUGAGCUCAAGCUGGCCACGCCACAACCCACCUAAAUAUAUUAUAUGUAUACUUUAUAUAGAUGCGACUAUAUACCGUUACACAACAUGAAGAACAACAACAAAAGACGCUAACGCAACCCACACACACACACAUACAAUAUACACACUGAAAACACACCGACCAGUGCCGUAACGGCUUUCCGAUCGAACGAUUUCAGUCACGUUUCUACUUACACUAAUUCUCAACUAGUUAUUUUUGCAAACAUUUCUAGUGUGUAAGCUUUUAUUAUUUAACUUAUCAACUGAUAACAAAUAAGCAAAAACCACAAUUUUGGGCCCGCUGCAAACGCGCGAUAUUCUCAUAUGAUUUGCAUUAAAGGAAAUGGAUUGUGUGACCAACAAAACUCAACAAAUCAAAUAAAAAAAA